CAUCGGGCUUUAACGGCCCAUUUAGCUCUCGCUUGUCGAAUAUGAUGCAUUUGGUGGAAUGGUAAGAAGAGGAUAUUCGUGUUUUGCCAAUUCUUCAUGGCGUCUCCGUUUUCUCUUACUCCGACUCUGAGAUCUGGCAAAAUGACGUCCCAACUUGGUUAUUGACAAAAGUAUGGAAUCUUGGCGAGCUUUGGGCUGGAGAGUGUAAGACAGAUGGAGAAGAGAAGGGGAAGGAAGGUGAUGAAAGACAAGGAGGAAUCAGUUGAUGAUGAUCCUUGGCGGUGGUUGGUUCACAAGGGAAUUGUGGCCUCAUUUCUGUGCAUUGCUGUGUUUGCAUUGUUAGUGAGAGCGGCCGUAUCAUUACAUCCUUAUUCUGGUGCUGGGAAUCCUCCUAAGUAUGGGGACUUUGAGGCACAGAGGCAUUGGAUGGAGAUCACCAUUAAUUUGCCAGUUAAGGAAUGGUAUCGUAACAGCACAACCAAUGAUCUCAGCUAUUGGGGACUAGACUAUCCUCCCCUUACUGCCUACCAGAGUUAUAUCCAUGGUCUAUUUCUCAGAUUCUUCCAUCCUGAAUCAGUUUCUCUCUUUACUUCUCGAGGCCAUGAAUCUUAUUUUGGAAAACUCCUCAUGAGGUGGACGGUUUUAUCCUCUGAUGCACUAAUGUUCUUUCCUGCAGUCUUCUAUUUUGUCAUUGUAUACUAUGCCAGCCGCCCUCAUGGCCAGAAAACUGAUAUAGCAUGGCACAUUGCAAUUAUGUUACUGAAUCCAUGUCUGAUGCUAAUAGAUCAUGGUCAUUUUCAGUACAAUUGUAUCAGCUUGGGCCUUACUGUUGGAGCUGUUGCUGCUGUUCUUUCUAACAAAGAGCUAGUAGCUUGUUUCUUGUUCAGUCUUGCUCUCAACCAUAAACAGAUGAGUGCAUAUUUUGCACCUGCAUUUUUCAGCCAUCUUUUUGGAAAAUGUAUUAGGCGCCAGAAUCCACUUCUUGAAGUAUCAAAACUGGGCCUUGUAGUCUUGGGAACAUUUGUUCUUGUUUGGUGGCCAUAUCUCCAUUCCAUGGAAGCCUUUUUAGGGGUUCUCUCUCGUCUUGCUCCUUUUGAGAGGGGCAUAUAUGAGGAUUAUGUGGCUAACUUUUGGUGCACCACCUCGGUUCUUAUAAAAUGGAAGAGAAUGUUCACAACACAAUCACUGAAGCUUCUCAGCCUUGGUGCUACUGUUUCUACUUGUUUGCCUUCAAUGGUUCAGCAGAUACGUGCUCCAAGCAACCAAGGUUUCCUUUAUGGACUGCUGAAUAGUGCAUUCUCUUUCUAUAUAUUCUCAUUUCAAGUGCAUGAGAAGUCAAUUUUGCUGCCACUUCUGCCCGCAAGCCUUUUGGCACUGGAAGAGCCUUUUCUUCUCAAAUGGAUCACAUUCUAUGCUUUGUUCUCUAUGUUCCCUCUUCUAUGUCGUGACGAACUGAUUCUGCCAUACUUUGCACUGUCUGCUCUAUUCAUCCUUAUUUAUCACGGGCCAAGUGGAAGGCAAGAUCGAAGGAAAAGACUUUCGUUCAAUUCCGUUGUGACAACCUUACUGGUGUUGUGCUCAGUUCUUCUUCAUAUUGUUUACAUAACCAUGCAGCCCCCCAAUAGAUAUCCUUUCCUUUUUGAAGCUGUGAUUAUGUUUCUCUGCUUCUCACAGUUCGUGGUGCUUUGUUUUUACAGUAACGCAAAGCAAUGGUCGUUAAAACGCACCAUUUUCAUGGAUAAAGAAAAGAAACUUCUUUGAUCUUUUUUAACCCCCAGAAUACUUUGACUCUGAUUUUUUUUUUUAAUAUAUAUAUACAUUAGAUUAGGUUCUACGACUUUAAUCC